UAAAAGUGUUUGAGUUACUGAAACCUAAGAUUUCCUUGGGGUUUUCACUGUAAACACAACAGCGAUCCCACAACAAAAAGUUCUAACAUGAUUUGGUUUUGGGUCACUUUAGCGUGGAUUAGCUUACGGACUUAUGGAAAAACCUGCGACUGAGUCAAAUGCGGGAUUGUGGCGCAGUUGGAAGUGAAAAUAAAACGGAUAUAAUUUGCGGCCCUGUACCAAAUCAACCAUGGCAAGGUGGUUGGGGACCGCAUGACCAAGCCAUGCCCACUUUUACAGGACAAGGGAAUCAGUCUGACACAGUCGUUGCCGAUCCACAGAUCUUUCCCAUAACCAUAUGAGAUUCAUUACAUGAUGAAAGAUGUGCAGUAGUGUGUACACCCGUCUGAAACUGGGGUGUGUGUAUCUGAGCACACACAGAAGCGUGGAUUCUGAAGCUUGCACUUAGAAAAGUGUACACAACAUUUCAGACACAACACGAGGUCAGUUUGUUGUGAAGUCUAAUCUGUGAAAUCGGACAUGUCGGUUUCGAGUCUCAGCCCCUGGAUUCCUUCAGUAACUUGAUGGCUGCAGUGUGAUUGGCUGUUUGCUCAAAGGGAAGAAACAUUUGAACUUGAAGCAGUGAGAUAUGGAGGGAGUGAAAACCGAAAACAAUGACCACAUCAACCUGAAGGUGGCGGGACAGGACGGCUCAGUGGUGCAGUUUAAGAUUAAGAGGCACACGCCGCUCAGCAAACUCAUGAAGGCUUACUGCGAGAGACAGGGUCUGACGAUGAGGCAAAUCCGGUUCCGGUUUGAUGGGCAGCCCAUUAAUGAGACAGACACACCUGCACAGUUGGAAAUGGAGGAUGAAGACACAAUUGACGUUUUCCAGCAACAGACAGGAGGCUUUGUCUAAACACAGAAACUUCACUGCCUUCUUUCUCUCCCUCCCUGUCCCUCUCUCAUUCUCUCUCUCUCUCGCUCUAGCUCCCCCCCUCUUUUCCCUCACAGUUACUCCUGCUGUUGUAUAGCGUGUUGAUGCUCUUCCACCUUUGCAGUACCUGCUUUUUGUAUAUAAAGUGAUUUUCUUUCUUUCUUUCUUUCUUUCUUUCUCUCUCUCUCUCUCUCUCUCUCACACACACACACACUAAAGUGGCAGCGUAAACGCUGUGAGAUCAGAAGCCCAGAUUUUUUUUCCCCCCUUUGGUUAAAAAUGACCACAACAGUUCCCAAAAAGCAAUCUGUGGUCCAGAGCUUUCUGCAGAACUGUCUUGACACCAAAUGUAAGACAAGGCAAGAUUUUGUCAUCUCACAUUUUCAAAAGUUAUUUAAAAAAAAUCACUUUGUAUGAAAGGAACACCUGGUGAAGUUGGGUAUACUCUGUAACAAAAGAUAAGUCUGGUCUAUCUAUUAUUUUAGCUGCUUUUAAUUUUCUGUUAUGUUUUUUUUUUUUAUUAUUGAUUGGCAGUAGACGUGUAAAGUGGAAAAAAAAAACCCAGAUUCAGUAGGUGAAAUGUGAAUAAUAAAAAUGAUAAUAAUAACAAUAAUCCUGAUAUUUCUGUCAAGUUAAGCUUCUGUAUUGUCUAAUAAAUCAUUUGUUUAAAAAUAAAGAAAAACUCUUUUUACCUCA